AUGGUUCCCCAUCGUACACUUCACGGCCCUGAUGAGGAGAUGAGGUAUAUCCCACUACCUGAUAUAUCAAAUCAUCAGCUUGACCAACUCACGGACCUGUUGUGGAUGGAUCCAGGAGUCAACAUAGCUGUGCCGGAUAAAGAGUGGUUGCUUGACCAGCAAGCUCGUGUAGCUAACCUCGACAAGUCAAACCGUCGUUCCACCAAACUCUUGGCCCGUCUGUCUGCCAAACUUGAGAGCCUGUCUUAUAGACUUGGUGCCGACGGUUCGCCAACAGCAUGUCUGUGCGCAGCCCAUCAUGGCCUUGAUCCUAAGCUGAUCCGGCGACUUAUGCUCUUGAUCAUCGCCGAAUGUACUGAGCGUAUCCAGACCCUGCGCACUUGGCGACAGCGCAUCGCUUAUCCCAAUGCUGUUAUUGCAUGGCUGGAUCGUAUCGAUGCCGUAACUGGACUUUGGAUCGGUCGUAAAGCUUUCAAUGCCACCUUUGGCUACGAACGUGUUUCGCCCACAAAACUCGUGGUCAAAAGCAGGUGCGAAGCUUGCAUCAUGUCGGUCAUUGGUGGUAGACCUCAGGUGCUGAGCGAUCUGCGAGCGACAUUGACCACGCGAAGGGAUCGCCACAUCGAGCAAGGUGGUAGAGAACCAAGACUUCUCCGACUUAUUGAGUCUUGGAUAUCACACCAGCAUGUAAAUAGUCGUAGGGCUAUCUACACUGGAAGUGCUGAGAUUAGCGAAGAACUUACCAGUCUGAUCAAUACCAUCAACUACCUGAGAGAGGAACGCCCAGAAUCUCAUAUAUCUCGAUCUUCAUCUCGAUCAGUAUAUGGCCAUCCAUAUAGAGCGUAUGAAGAAGACGGUAACCGCGGCCGUGCUCGUACUCGGCAAUCAUUUCAUGAGCAGCCGUCUCGACCAAGCUACAGCAAACACAGCCAGGAGGAUAGAAGCACAUUUCUUCCUCCAGAAUCAAGAUCUAGUCAGUCGAGUGCUCAGUUCCAUGCGGACGAGCAAAAUUGGAUGGAUGAAGACGUGGACUACCAAGCGUCGCUAUGGAUGGAUUGUCAGAUGCAACAGCGAGGACUUACGGCUGAUGAACGAAGACAACUCUUUGAGGACGAUGUGCAUCCCGCCUUCAGCGACUAUGCAGAGAGUGUUAGGAACAUGUCUCUCGAUGAUCGACUACAAAGGGACUUUGCACCUGAGCAGCACAGGAGAGACUCGACCGCUACUCUUACGAGACAGAGCGUUAUUUCAAAUCAACAAAGAGACUCUGCUUAUAAUGGAAAGAGAGAAAGCAUCGUGCCGGAUGAGCAGAUGGAAACAUCAUCUGUAUACAGUAACCCAAGUGCCAUACCACCUCCUCUUAGCUUUAGCAGAGGACCAACCCCUCCCGAUAUUACUGCCGGUAAUAGCCCUACGGAAACUGAGUGGGUGCCUGUCUCUGUGUUUUCACUCCCGGAGAGUGCUGCAGGGGGUGCAUCUCGUCGAAACACUGUAGAGCCGACCAAUGGAGGUGCUCGAGAGUCUACCGCAUACGCUGAACACCAAGCACGUAUAGAUUUUUGUCGGAAACACGGAUUCAAGACGGGUAUCCCAUCUAUAGAUGGAGAGCCGUCAACACCUCGGCCAGCACGGAGCGGUAAGAAAAGAGCCUCGGCCGCUCCGUCAAUUGCAGCGUCGAGCAUUUACUCUUCGCAUCCUGGGUUUAGACGCUCGCGAGAGAAUGUGGGUUCAUUGGCUCCUGGCGGUCAGACGAGCCGUCGAACAUCACGUAUGUCGACUCAGAGCAAGCCCAAAAAGAGUCUGUUGGAUCAAGUGCGGGAGAAUAGACGACUGAUGGAGGGCAGUGAUGAGGAGUAG